UAGGAAGCAGGGAGGCGUUGGCUUUUUCUCAAAAGGGAUUUAAUUAUUUUUGGCUUGACCUUGGCUUUUGGGUUGUAAACCACGAAGGGUGGUAUCCCUCUUGCAUGGCUGCCCAUCUUGCAACUCUGUAAAGUCCCUUUACACCACUACAAGACUCUGGAUUCUCACCAACCAAAGGGGGGGACCUUACAAAAAAAAAAAAGGAAUCAGCUGAGACUGAGGGGGACAGGAGGUUGGCAAUAGAAAACGGAUCUAGAAGAGGAAAGAAAAAAAACAAGGAGGAGAGGAGUUUUUGAAAAGGGUGGACGAGACUGAAGCAAGGAAGACUGGAAGUGAAGUUGCUGGAUCACAGAGGUGAAACGAAGAGAGUAAAUAGAAGCGGAAAUGAAAACAAGAGGCUACUGGACCAGGGGUUGCUGAAGCUGAAACAGAAAGGGAAAAUAAAAGAUAGCUUCAAGAGGCUUGUUUGUAAGAUGUUGGUGUUUGAGUGGUCAUUUUGAGUAACAUGUGAUGUGAUGUGAGUCCAAGGAGUGUGGGGUGACCCCUCAUGAGUUGGGGGAGAAAGCUGUGCAAGGAAUGAGUGAGAGUGCUGAAAAAAGGGUCUGGUAAUCGUUUACAGCACCCCUGUAAAUGAUUACCCGAGAGGAAAUGGGAAUUUGUACAGAAAGUCCAACACAGGUACUCAGUCAGGUGAACAGGGGUCACCAUUGGGAACAAAAUUGACUUUUAGGCACUUCUGCACCUGUCUGAGGGUGGUGCAGGUGUUCCAGUGGUGGGAGAGGGUGGCUGGUGAUGUGAUGUGAGGCCAAGGAGUGUGGGGUGACCCCUCAUCAGUUGGAGGAGCAAGCUGUGCAAGGAAUGAGUGAGAGUGCUGAAAAAAGGGUCUGGUAAUCGUUUACAGCACUCCUGUAAACGAUUACCCGAGAGGAAUUGCCAAUUUGUACAGAAAGUCCAACACAGGUACUCAGUCAGAUGAACAGGGGUCACCAUUGGAAAAAAAACUGACUUUUAGGCACUUCUGCACCUGUCUGAGGCUGGUGCAGGUGUUCCAGUGGUGGGAGAGGGUGGCUGGUGAUGUGAUGUGAGUCCAAGGAGGGUGGGGAGGCCCCUCAUGAGUUGGAGGACCAACCUGUGCAGGGAAUGAGUGAGAGUGCUGAAAAAAGGGUCUGGUAAUCGUUUACAGCACCCCUGUAAACGAUUACCCGAGAGAAAAUGGGAAUUUGUACAGAAAGUCCAACACAGGUACUCAGUCAGGUGAACAGGGGUCACCAUUGUAAAAAAAAGUGACUUUUAGGCACUUCUGCGCCUGUCUGAGGCUGGUGCAGGUGUUCCAGUGGUGGGAGAGGGUGGCUGGUGAUGUGAUGUGAGUCCAAGGAGGGUGGGGAGGUCCCUCAUGAGUUAGAGGAGCAACCUGUGCAGGGAAUGACUCAGAGUGCUGAAAAAAGGGUCUGGUAAUCGUUUACAGGACCCCUGUAAACGAUUACCCGAGAGAAAAUGCCAAUUUGUACAGAAAGUCCAACACAGGUACUCAGUCAGAUGAACAGGGGUCACCAUUGGAAACAAAAGUGACUUUUAGGCACUUCUGCACCUGUGUGAGGCUGGUGCAGGUGUUCCAGUGGUGGGAGAGGGUGGCUGGUGAUGUGAUGUGAGGCCAAGGAGUGUGGGGUGACCCCUCAUGUGUUGGAGGAGCCAGCUGUGCAAGGAAUGAGUGAGAGUGCUGAAAAAAGGCUCUGGUAAUCGUUUACAGAACCCCUGUAAACGAUUACCCAAGAGGAAUUGCAAAUUUGUACAGAAAGUCCAACACAGGUACUCAGUCAGAUGAACAGGGGUCACCAUUGGAAACAAAAGUGACUUUUAGGCACUUCUACACCUGUGUGAGGCUUGUGCAGGUGUUCUAGUGGUGGGAGAGGGUGGCUGGUGAUGUGAUGUGAGUCCAAGGAGGGUGGGGAGACCCCUCAUGAGUUGGAGGAGCAAGCUGUGCAGGGAAUGAUUGAGAGUGUUCAAAAAAGGGUCUGGUAAUCGUUUACAGCACCCCUGUAAACGAUUACCCGAGAGAAAAAGCCAAUUUGUACAUAAAGUAUAACACAGGUACUCAGUCAGGUGAACAGGGGUCACCAUUGGAAAAAAAACUGACUUUUAGGCACCAUUUUGUAUGACAUAAAUAAAUUCAUUAUAACACACCAUUAAUAGAGAUUCAGUUACACAACAUACACAACAAAAUGAUACAUUGUACGUUUCAAAUAUUACAGUUAUCCAUGAAAUACUUAUAAUGGUGUUCAUAUAAAAUUACAGUUAUCCUAAACCCACUAUUUGUUGUCUGCUUGAUUGGACGUUGAUGGUUGGUCAGAUGGACGGACAAAUUUGCGGAGGAUGUCAUCCACAUUGAGUUCCUUCUCUGCCCACAUAGGAAGUCGAAUGACAGGUUUUGGUGUCUCCUUAACAAGGUCAAUUGUAGGAGGAGAAACUUCAGCUGGAAAUACCUUCACUAUAGAGCGAUGCGUAAUAUUGAGGUAGUGGUUUUGCCUAAAUGCAGUGAAGGGGUGGACCUAAAAGUACAAACGGAAUUUGUAAGAAGAAGAACACUUAAAUACCAAUAAAAUAAUUAUGGUAGUUAAGUACAAAUUUGAUGCCUUACAAGAUUGAGUAUGAUAACGGAACCAACUGCGAUAUUUUCUGCAAUUUCAGGAUCUUCAAGAGCUUUCUUGUGCAAGGAAGCCUUCAUCGUGGCAGUUGGGUCCUUAAGAGUCAACUGCAUAUCUCCCAACCCAUUGGGCUUGCACUCUUUCAAUAUGCAAACCACCAAUGGAAGGACCUCAGCUGAUUUUGCCUCUUGGAGGGAGUUAACGUUCUCGAAUUUUCCAUCCUUUACGAGACCUAUGAUAACAAAAUAUUAAAACAAAUUACAAGUAUUAAAGGUAAUAAUGUUCUUGGAAGCGUGUAUGAGAUUCAAUGUACCGUGGUGUUCAAUAAACAUCUGUGCCCAUUUCCAAGCAUUGGAGUUGAAAUCUCGUUCAUAGGUUGCGUAAGCAACAUCACGAGCAAAUUCUUGUGUCGAUUUCGGUUGUUCUGUUCCCGUUCUAUUCAUGAAAGCUGCUUGGAUGUUACCUGCAGGACCAGGAAUAAGCGUUGCGGAAGCAUCGCAUUUUUUCAAAAACGAUUCAAGGACAUCAUCAUCAUAAACAAGGUCUUCCCAUGCAUCCAUGAUUAUGCAGAAAUUUCCUGUCCACAUAAAAAUUGUAGGUUAAGGACGAUACAUCAGUAGGAUGAUUAAAGAAGUCACUCACAACCAAACAAUGGUAAACGGGUUACUGUCACCUGAUUCAAGCCUACAGAAUUGGUUUCUCCCCGAAAUUGAAAUACAAGUACGUGAAGGAUGAAAUUAUAUGAAAUCAAUGUAACCAAAAAAAUAUUAAUAUUAUAUCUAUUUCCAUUAACUUAACUUAUUCAAAUCAAGUUACAUUAAUUGUGGGGAGAUAGUCUGAUUUGAUGGGUAGCCUUUAAAAGUGAAAAGCAUUGAUUGGGGGUUAGGAGAGAGAAACUUUAUGCUGACAACCAUCAAUGCAUGCUUUCACAGGAUAACCAAAUACGUGUAUGACAAGGCAAAAAUAUGACCUUUGGCGAGAAUACACAGCUGCGUCAACAACCAACGUUAGAAUCCAACGUUCACACUUAUUUCCAUUGACCAAGCACUUCCAAACAACUUACCCGGGUGUUCAUUAAAGAGAAGGGCCAAAACGAAGUUCGGAGGGUUGGUGAGAAGCACAUAAGGAUCAUUUAUGGUGGACUUAAAUGUAGAAGAUGAGGUUGGUUAGAACCACUGAGCUUCAUUAAAGGGCACACCAUUUUUCACCAGGGUACGUUUUAAUAAGUUCUUCGAAAAUAUUUUAUUUUCAUUAUUUUUGUAGUUGCCAGUGGUCAUAGUGGUAAGUGUGAUGAGUGAAUAUAAUUUGCUUUAUCUCUAAAGGUGGGUUUAAUGUCAACGCACACAAUGGAUGGGGAUCAAGGGAAUGACUAUAAUGACAAUGUUGAUGAGCCCAAUGAAAGUUUAAUGGAGAUUGACCCAACAGUGCAUAUGUGUUUUGACUCAAUGGUUGAAGCAAAAACUUUUUACACAAACUACGCCAUUAGACGUGGGUUUGCCGUGCGGACUAGAACUUCUAAAAAAGAUAAAGACAACAACGUCUACUACCUCAGAAUAGUUUGUUCAAGGGAGGGAAAAUAUGUGUCUUCGGUCAAACCAGUGGUAAAAACACUUCCAAGUCAAAUUAACCAAUGUCCUGCUGGGAUAACCAUUGCAAAGAAGGAGGACAAGUGGUUUAUAAGGACCGUUGUUCUGGACCACAACCAUGAUCUUUGUCCAAAUAACUCCAAACUAUUUGCAGCCAAUAGAAAGUUAAGCAUGCAUGCAAAACACACGUUGCAGGUCAACCACGAUGCUGGAGUUAGGUUAAAUAAGAGUUUCCUUAGCAUUGUGAACGAUGCGGGGGGAUAUGAAAACAUGGACUUUGUGGAGCGGGACGCUCGAAACUACAUUGGCCAACACAGAAGAUCUUUAUGUAAGGAUGGUGAUGGUCAGGCACUCCUACGACACUUUUCGUCAAUGAAAGAUAGAAAUAACGAGUUCUUCUAUGACAUUGCUCUGGAUGAAGGGAAUAAAAUCUGUAGUGUGUUUUGGGCUGAUGCAAGAAGUCGUGCUGCAUGUGAAGAAUUCGGUGAUGUUGUUUCCUUUGACACCACUUACUUAACAAAUAAGUACGACAUGCCAUUUGCGCCUUUUGUUGGAGUUAACCAUCAUGGACACUCGAUUUUACUUGGUUGUGGAUUGUUGUCUUCGGAAGACACUGUCUCAUUUGUGUGGUUGUUCCAAUGUUGGCUAAGAUGCAUGCGUAAUAAGACUCCUCAAGGUAUUAUUACUGACCAAUGCAGAGCAAUGGCCAACGCUAUUGAACAAGUGUUUCCUCAUACGAGGCACAGGUGGUGUUUAUGGCACAUCCUUAAGAAGUUGCCUGAAAAAUUGCACGGGUAUAGAAAUAAUCCCGUUAUCAAAACCGAACUACAUGCGCUUAUAUAUGAUUGUGUUUGUCCAACAGAAUUUGAAAAUGGUUGGAAGGAACUACUUACAAAACAUGGAUUGGAGGAAAAUGAAUGGCUAUGUAAUUUGUACGAAGAGAGACAUAAAUGGGUCCCGUGUUACUUGAAAAAAGAUUUUUGGGCAGGCAUGUCUACGACUCAGAGAAGUGAGGGAAUGAAUGCCUUUUUUGAUGGAUUUAUCAAUUCUACAACAACACUUCAACAGUUUGUGGUCCAAUACGACAAUGCACUUAGGGUAAAGGCGCAGAAGGAAAUAGAAGCCGACUUCUCCUCCAUGAACACCACUAUUGCAUGUGGUUCUCAGUCACCAAUUAAGAGACAAUUUCAAGUGGAAUACACACAUGCAAAGUUUGAGGAGGUCCAAACUGAAUUCCGUUCAAGGAUGAAUUGUUUCAUCAAAGACACCUUAAAGGAGGACUUGUGGAACACUUACACUGUAAAAGAGGAACGAAUGUGGGAGGGUAAUCGUGUACCGGAUAAAUUUUACAAAGUUCAAUUUGAUCCCAUCACACAGACAACCACUUGCUCUUGCCACCUCUUUGAGUUUAGAGGAAUUAUAUGUCGCCAUUCCCAGUUGGUAUUUGGCCAAGAAGAUGUUUACAGUGUUCCCUCACAAUACAUUUUGAGGCGCUGGAGCAAAAACAUUCGAAGAAGACACACACUAAUAACAGCAUCGUAUAGUAAUUCGACAAAUGAACCACGGAUGCAAAGAUACAAACUGUUGUGCAAACGUUUUUAUGAAAUUGCUGAAGUUGCAUGUGAGUCUGAGGAAGCUAGUACUGAAUUGGAAAAAGAACUUAAUUGUUUGGGUACAAAAUUUGGAUUCAGUUCUUCCAUGACAAAUAACAUCAUCAGUGAUGCAGGCCAACUAAGAUACGAUACUGGUGCAUGCACGUCAAUACCACUUACUCCAGUUGGAACAUCUGAUGUCCUUGUACACAGUCCUGCAACUGUUAAGCGAAAAGGACGUCCACGCACAAAUAGGUUGAAGUCCACUGUUGAGAAAAAAACCAAAAGAAGAAAGUCAACUUCAUUGACAAACACUUCAACACCACCCACCGAACAAUGUGGCGAAAGACCAAGUAAUGUUGUUGAAUGUGAUCACCGUGAACAAUUUGAAGCGGACACUAUCCAACUAUCACAAGAUACCGAAAUGGGUCAUUUUGGAUUUAUGUCGUUGUUGUCAGCUGUACAUAACAAUUUCGAUAACAACAUCAACUGAUAUAUAGAACUUGUUUGCUGCUUAUUUUGUAACUUUUUUCUGUUUUUGAAAGUUAAAUUGGUCUUCCAUGAAAUUCCUUUAAUGAAUGUAUGUAAUGCAUAUGACCACACGA